CGCACGCAAGCAAGCUGCCUUUUCUACCCUUUUCGUAACUCCCGGAAGAGGUGAGGGGUGAACAAAGAUGGUAGCUUCCUGGAAGUGUCGAUCCUGCAGCUGAGGAAGGUGCGGUGACUCGUGAAGAACGCCGAAAGCAAGAGCGCCUCGUCGCGAUGCCGAAAUACUACGAAGGGAAAGAGGAGGACAAACGGGCGUGCUCCGGGGUGCGCGAGGAUUUGAAAUCCUGCCUGCUGGAGUGUCCCUGCGUGAUCCAGGAAGGGAAACACCCCAAACAAUGCUUGAAGGAAGGACAUUGCAGAAGUUUGCUAAUUUCCAUGUUUGAAUGCAGAAGAUCAUUGUUGGAUAACAGAACAAGGUUCAGAGGAAUGAAAGGAUAUUGAAGCUCCCCAUUAAGAAGAAAACUGGGCUGUAUUGUUGGUGGAUUAAAGGACUGGAAUUCUAUGGGUUUCCUCGGAAGCCAUUCCUUGGUGUGAUAGCAUUGAAUGAUUGGCACAGCUGAGUACCAGAGGUACGGAAAUGAAAAUCAAGUCUGGUGGUUUUAUUUUAUUUUAAAUAAAAUAAAAUAAUCUUUAAUUUCAACUGACCUCCUUAAUCUUGAGAAUUAUUUUUUCUAGGAAUUUAAUUAUUGUAUAGGUUGAUUCACUCUCAAGAUAUGUAAUAUUAUUGUACUCACUUUUUUAAGUUUUUUAACAAGUGUUCUGCAAAAAUGCCAAAUUAAGUAGACAGAUCAUUCUCAUGAGAAAGUAUUACUCUAGUUCUGGAAAGGAUAUACAAGUGUGGAAUCAGAACAGUGCAAUUCUAAACUGGUACCUACUGGAGUAGAUGUGUGUAUUUGAUAUAAAAUUCCAUGUAUUUCCCAAAGCAGAUCCAGCUACUGAUGUUUGGAUGUAGAACUCAGUCAUGUCCUGCAAACACCGCAAUUUCCAAAAACUCACUCUAGAACUCAUUUUAACAUGGUUUUAAAAAUGCAAAGAUUGCAAUACUCUGCAUAUGUGGCCUUCAGCUGGAAAUGCCUUGAAGCUAUGGUGCCAGCACAUCUUGGGGAUAGCAGACUGGAAAAGGCUGGCUUAAAGGUUUACUUUUUCCACAAAAAUAUUGUUGCUAAAUAGGAUGUUUAACCAUUUUUUCUACAGGAGUAUUCUUCCUGUGCUCCAUCAUUGUACUAUUUAUACCUAAAUCUGUAAUCUCUUUUUAUAUGUGAUUUCUUUUAUGAAAUUAUAGGCAACCACCUAUGGCAAAACUGGCAACACAUCACCCACAAAUACUAAGAUACCUUUUGUGUCUUCCAAGUAGUGCCUAUGCUUCUCCAGUAAUUAAAAUUCUAUCCAAAAUCUCUUGUGAUUGUGUAUAUGAAGGGCGGGGUGGGGGGGGGUGAGGAUGCAGAAGACCUGGAAAGGUUGCUAAAGGUUCAAUGAUCUUCAGCGGUGGAACUCUUAAAACCCAAAGGGUGUUCUGUUGACAACUGAAGGGUUCAUAUUACCUGAUGACGGUUGCUCUGUAAUUAUAAAGCACAUUGGGAGGUGCUUCACCAUUUUUGGGGUGGGCGGGAGAUAGAAAUUGUUACAGCAAAAUAUACAUGUGGCUGUGUAGAACUCUCACAGUGCCAGGGCGUUUCCCUGUGUGUAAAGGGAGUAGGUUCACUUUGAGCCCUGGUGAAGUAGUCAUUUUCCCUGUAUUCAUCCUGAUUACAGGUCCAUUGUCUGGAGGAUAACAGUGUAUUCC